UGUACAGUGUCUCUGCGUUCAUUGGCCACGUUGUCAAAUACCCGCCCACCGCUCUCAUGAUUGGCCUGCUCUGUAGAGGUGACACGCCCACUGGAGUUCCCCCGCCCCCUGGUCACUCCGCAGGUCCCCGCUGCCAUGGACGGGCGGGGAGGCGGCAGCGGCGGCGGCAGUAGUGCUUCGGUGAUGAGGGGAGUGGAGGCAGCUGCGACACCUGAUGAGCAGCAGUCCCGGAGUGCGGGGAGGAGAGGCACCCGCAGCCCAUGUAGCUCGGCGGGCACCCCGGGCACCGGGAAGGGUAGCCCGAAUGGGGAGUGCAGGCGGGAGCUAUCCGAGGCGCCGCCCCGGGAACACAAGGUGUCCUUCUCCACCGAGCCUCCGCGGGGGUCCUCACCGGGCAAGGACACCGAAGAUGGCGAGGCCGGGGAAGAUGAACCCCGCUCCCGGUUCAUGCAGCGCCAACUCUCUGCCAUGCUCCAGCCUGGGGUCAACAAGUUCUCUCUCCGGAUGUUCGGCAGCCAGAAGGCGGUGGAGCGGGAGCAGGAGAGGGUGAAAUCCGCGGGGGCCUGGAUCAUACACCCGUACAGUGACUUCAGGUUUUACUGGGACUUCACAAUGCUGCUCUUCAUGGUGGGGAACCUCAUAAUCAUCCCUGUGGGAAUUACGUUCUUCAAAGAUGAGACAACCACCCCAUGGAUCAUAUUUAAUGUGGUGUCGGACACCUUCUUUCUUAUGGACUUGGUCCUGAAUUUCCGCACAGGUAUUGUGAUUGAGGACAACACUGAAAUCGUCUUGGAUCCACAAAAGAUCAAGCGCAAGUACUUACGCACAUGGUUUGUAGUGGACUUUGUAUCCUCCAUUCCUGUGGACUACAUUUUUCUCAUUGUAGAAAAAGGUAUUGACUCUGAAGUCUACAAGACUGCACGUGCUUUAAGAAUUGUGAGGUUUACUAAAAUCCUCAGUCUCCUUAGGUUACUUCGACUUUCCAGACUCAUCCGGUAUAUUCAUCAAUGGGAAGAGAUUUUCCAUAUGACCUAUGACCUGGCUAGUGCUGUGAUGCGGAUUAUUAACUUGAUUGCCAUGAUGCUCUUGUUAUGCCACUGGGAUGGAUGUCUUCAGUUCCUUGUCCCUAUGCUUCAAGAAUUCCCCAGUAACUGUUGGGUGUCCAUUAACAAGAUGGUUAACGACUCAUGGAGUGAAUUGUACUCCUUCGCCCUUUUCAAGGCCAUGAGCCACAUGCUGUGCAUCGGUUAUGGACGCCAAGCUCCAGAGAGUAUGUCUGAUAUCUGGCUCACGAUGCUGAGUAUGAUCGUAGGUGCCACAUGCUAUGCCAUGUUCAUUGGACAUGCCACUGCUCUUAUCCAGUCCCUGGACUCCUCUCGCAGACAGUACCAAGAAAAGUACAAACAAGUGGAGCAAUACAUGUCCUUCCAUAAGCUGCCUGCAGAUUUUCGCCAAAGGAUUCAUGAUUAUUAUGAGCAUCGAUACCAAGGGAAGAUGUUUGAUGAAGACAGUAUCCUGGAGGAGCUGAAUGAACCUCUGAGGGAGGAAAUCGUCAACUUUAAUUGUAGGAAACUGGUCGCAUCUAUGCCACUGUUUGCCAACGCUGACCCCUGCUUUGUCACUGCAAUGCUUACUAAGCUGAAAUUUGAGGUAUUUCAACCCACUGACUACAUCAUUCGUGAAGGAACCAUUGGCAAGAAGAUGUACUUUAUCCAACAUGGUGUGGUUAGCGUGCUUACCAAGGGCAACAAGGAGGUCAAACUGUCAGAUGGCUCUUAUUUUGGAGAAAUUUGCUUGCUGACACGAGGACGGCGCACAGCUAGUGUCCGAGCAGACACAUACUGCCGGUUAUACUCCCUUUCCGUGGAUAAUUUCAAUGAGGUGCUGGAAGAAUACCCCAUGAUGAGGCGUGCAUUCGAGACAGUUGCCAUAGACAGACUGGAUAGAAUAGGGAAGAAGAAUUCCAUAUUAAUGCACAAGGUUCAGCAUGACUUGAACUCGGGUGUUUUUAAUAACCAAGAAAAUGAAAUUAUUCAAGAGAUUGUGAAAUAUGAUCGGGAGAUGGUGCAUCAGGCUGAGCUCAACCAGCUGCAUGGAGGGAUGUAUGCCACAGGCAAUUCUCCUUCUCCACAACCCCAAGUCACAUCUGCUAUUGCAACCUUACAGCAAGCUGUGGCUAUGAGUUUUUGUCCACCAAUGGCUAGCCCAUUAGUGGGGUCGCCCCGAAUAAUGAGACGGCUCCAAUAUGCCCAGGGAGGGCCUGGGGCCUUUUCAGUAUCCCCAGCUCUUUUCCAACCACCCCUGCAGCUCUUACAACAUCAUCCACCUCCCCACCAAGGUCCACGUCGGCAGUCUGCGAUCAUGCCCAGUCCACCAAACCAAUCACCAAGAGUGUCUCAGAACUUUGCCUACCCAGCUAAACAGCAAACAGGCUCCCAGCUGUCUCUCACCCAUUCUGGGGCUUCUGCCUCUCCACAUCGGCUCUCUGUACACAAGAGCACACAUUCUCUGCAUUCUGGUACACUUACACGUGAGUCUCGUCCACUUUCUGCUUCACAGCCCUCACUGCCUCAGGGAGCCUCACAGCUCCGCAGUCCACCAGCUCCCCCUCAGGCAACUGGCAGCUUAACCUCCUCUGCAGCCAAGGUGGGCUUGGGGCCACAGGCAGGCCCAAGGGUGCCUGCCCCUGCAAGACUUGCCCUCUCCCACCAAUUGUCCUCGUCUGGUACAGUUGGUGGUGUCUCGGACUCUGCAGUGGGAUCAUCAUCAUUAGGAGGCAGGAAAGAUUCUGUGGUUAGUGCCCCAGACACUGAUCCAGUAAGAGGGAGGCUGUCUGCAAACUUGUGACCAAGUGAGAACACGUCAUCUGUUUUGGGUGGUACUUGAUGGCUCAUAACUCUGAGAAGCUAAAAUGUGCACUUGUAGCCAGUCACUCCUUGUCUUUUGCUAAUUUCCUAAUAUUUUCACUGCUUCAUGAUAAGCUACAUUUCAAGCAGUGGAGGUAUUAAUGUGUGAAAAUGUCAGGGGAAUUAGUAGUUAACUCAGUAAAUGCCACCUCUGACAGCAGUCUACCACAUAACUUCUCUGCUGUUUACAAGAGUAGGAAAAUGUGGCACUGUUCCAUUUAAGAGAUCUGUGAAGAGCUCCGCAUGAAAUGGAAGAGUGCAUAAAUCUUCAAUUAAAUGGGACCGAGGCAGCCGGCCUGUCUGUCACUAGGGAAGAGGCUGUCGGAUGCUAAUGGUUUCUUUGGUUAACAAACAAAAAAAAAAAUCUGUAAGUCAGGACUGAUGGUUGUUGUCAUCUGCUUGAUCGAUCCUCACUCUUUAGAACAAAAAUGUAAAAGCUACAAGUUUGUUACUAGGUAAGCCCUAAACAUACUAAGCCAAUAGUUCUGUGCAAGCUGCAGGCAGUUUGUGUCAGCUAUAGUCCACCUGGACUACCUUAAUCCAGUGACAAUGUCACAUAUGGAUAUCAUAUGAAGCACCUAUAUUUAUAUGAUCAUGCAUAAGCAAUUUAAUUUAUAAUCAUUCUAGUUUAAAGGGGAGACCUAUUUAUAUGUGAUAUCACAGGUAUGAAUGCUGCUUUCUCCCUUUGAGUCAAACCACCAAAAUGUUAUAAACCAAGCCUAGGUAUGGCAAGUCCUAUUGUAUGCAUAGCAGCAAUGCCAUAGGUGGCUGGUAUGAUAUUAGAUGUAUCCUUACAGCAAUAAUGCAGCCACUAUCUACAGCUGAAUGCCAACUAUAUUGGCUAAUCCUUCCAAUGGUUAACCAGUAUGACUAAUGAGGCUGUGUAAACACUUGAUUUAAUAUAAUAAUAAAAAAGUAUAUAAAAAAAAAAAAAGAAAAUGGCAAGCACUGAUAGCCAGUAAUGACACGCAUGCUCUGUAAUUGCAGCUGCUAGUUUACAACUUUCUCCUGGUUUAUCUGUAAUGCCAAGCAGCCCUUCACCUCUUCUGGGCACGCCGAUGACCAUGGAUCUACCAGAUCCCUUGCACCAAAGGACCUGUAUGUGUUUGUCAACUAUGUAAAGAUGAUUUUCUUUUUCUCCCACAAUUUUGUUUUUAUAUCUCACUGCUGUUUGUCAAUUCCAUGGAUUGUAUUUUAGAAAGCCAUAUUAUGUAUAUCACAGCUGUAUAUUAAGAUAUAUACCUGUAUAAUCUGUACACUAUACAUCCUGUUAUAAAACAGGAAAGGGGUUGAGUGUCUGUCUUAUAGCUAUAGAUUUGUAGAAGCUACACAUCAGGACUUUUCAUUUGUUGUGAAGGAGGAAUGCUGUUACAAAGCACAUAUAGGACUUAUUCACAUUUUGUGAUUUAUCUGUGGUUUGGCGCCUGGGAAUGAACUGUGAUUUUCCCCUGGUCGGAGACAGCCUAUAGUCUCCUGGCCUCAGAACUGAAAAGUUGUAUGAUUAAAAUACAAUAGUUGGAAAUUCCUGAAGACAUUUGCUCAGAGCGCUUUCACACCACGUUUUCAGCCUACAGCUGCCAGAUCCGGCUGGAGGGGGGGAAACCAUGCGACCCCGUACC